GAUAAUAUAUUAAAUUAAAUUUUAGAUUUUAAAUUAGUAGAAUUUAUCAUGGAUUCUUUACUUGCUGAAAUGGAACGCAAGAGAAAGCAGCUUGAGUCGAACACAGUUACUGCAAAAAAGAAAUACUUUAAACGUGGGGAGUUGGCUAAACAGCAGACGGAAGAAUAUCACAAAAAGAAAGAAGAAAAAUUGAAAAGCAAAGGUCUGCUAUCAAAUGAAGAAAAAGGGCAUGAAGAAGACUACAUUAAGAAUCUAAUCAAACCAAAGUCCGAUAAAUCCGAUAAGUAUAAAGAGGUUCCUACAUCAGAGUUAGUACGGCGUUUCCGCGAGAAAGGGGAACCAAUAAUUUUGUUCGGUGAAACCCACGAAGAAGCGUGUCAAAGGCUUCGCCUUGUUGAAAUGAUGGCAAAAGAAGACAAUAAGGGGUUAAGAAACGAUUUUAAAGCUGCCAUGGAUCGAGUGGACCAAGCAUACAUGGAUCAAAUUGUUGGCGAAAAUAGCAGCGAAAACGCGCAUAAAGCACACGACGUCCGUUUGGCUACAGAUAUCGUGAGUCUUGAAGAAAUAACCGAACUUGCACAAAAGCUGAACAGGGGCGAUAUGUCGUUAGAUUCCAAAGUUGUUUUAGAAUUUUUGCGUCAUAUCGGUCAUCUGUGGGGCAUGGAUUUGAAUAAUCGACAACUUGACGAAAAGAUGACGUUGCAAGGUCGUCUAAACAGUGCCCAAUAUGAACAAACAAUGUCUUACUUGAAACCGUUAUUUCGUAAACUCCGGUCAGUCAGUUUGUCGAAAGACAUUUUAAAUGCUUUGACGACCAUAGUGGAUAACUUAAUGGAACGCGAAUAUGUCAAAGCUAAUGACAAGUACCUCCAAAUGGCUAUUGGUAAUGCACCAUGGCCUAUUGGCGUGACCAACCCCGGCAUUCACGCUCGUACAGGGCGGGAAAAGAUUUCCACUGCGCUUGUUGCGCAUGUGCUUAACGAUGAAACACAGCGGAAAUAUAUACAAGCCUUAAAACGACUCAUGACGUAUUGUCAAAAACGUUUCCCGACAGAUCCGUCGAAAUGUGUUGAAUAUAAUGGCGUCAAUACAUAACAAAACAUGAAAUAUUUUAACGACGGGAGAAUGUAUACUGAAAUCACGUUUGUGUAGCGAUUGAUGGUUGCCUUGCAAAAGAAAAAUGCAAACCCGCAUCACGAUUGCUGGCUGUAUGACAAAACAAAGAGUUGUACCCAUGCGGAACGGUUUUACGUCUUGUAAAUAGUAAUACUCCUUUAAGUGUUUUGGAGUAUGUGCCGCCAUUUUGUAUUCAAGUGUGUGGCUAUAAUACAUUACAUCAUAGUA